AUGUCGUCUCCAAAGAACCCGACUGUUUAUCCCAACCGCAAGGAGGACUAUGAGUUGAAGGAUGUGAUAGGCAAAGGGGCUACGGCUUCGGUCUAUACAGCCAUGUGCAUACCUUUGAAUACAACUGUUGCCGUCAAAGUUAUAAACUUGGAGAUGUACGGCGCAAACAUAGACGAAAUCAGG